AUGGUUCUGGAGGUAGCAGAGGCUAAAUUGGCUCGAACUUCGGCUAAACGCGUAUUUAAUCGGAACGUCAAGAAAUUAGUCGACUCUAUUAACUCUAAAGAUACGGCUGCAUUAAUCGAGAGUAGAUUUAAAGAUUUGAAGCAGCUCUGGGAUGACGUCCAACGGAAGCACGAAGGGUAUAUAGAAUCGCUGGAAAAUUCGAAGACGACUUAUGAUGUUGAGCAAGAGGAUGGAUGGAUUGAUGAAAUGGAUAAAGUUUAUGAUGACGUGUUACGGCAAAAGUUGGCAUACUUUGAGACCGUAGAAGAGGAUCAAAGGGAAAUCGAACGGCAACAAGAACAAAUUUCUAAAGAGAAAGAAGAUCAAAUUCGUAAGAAAGAGGGCGAUAAAGCUAUUUUUCGAGCUGAACAAGCCCGCAAAGUUGAAGAAAUCGCAUUUAGACAAGAGGUGGAAAAUCUAGAAGAGGCAUUAGCUGCAGAGAUAGACAACCCCAAUCCGGCAGCAUCAAUGCUUGAAACGGCAAGAACUGAGCUAAAAAGACAACUUGAAGAGUGUAAAAGGGUUAAUGGUGAAUAUGUUCUGCUACUUGAUGCUGAGACAGCUGGUGAUGAGAUAGCUUGGUUCACGAGUCUCCAAAAGAUUUAUUCGCAAAUAUCUAAAAAAAAUCGGCGACGUUAUUCAACGGAAAAGUGA